AUGGAUCCUCAUCACUCUGACGUUCCUUUGAACGGAGGAAAUAAGAAAGUGUUUGAGGAUGAGCGCAUUACUUCAUUCCACGCCGCUCCACUUUUUGAACUACCUCAUAGCAAUUCAAUGAACAUGCUGUUAUACGACUUGCCGCCGAUGCGAAUGUAUCCUUCUUCCUCCCAAAGCGAGCUCGAUGCAAACACCUCGACACACGUGUCCAAUGUGUUCCCCAUUCCCUCAGACACGUACCUGCACCAAUCAGACUCGCUCAACGGUUAUAUCCUUAAUGGUUAUUCACCACCGCCGCAAGAUCCAGCCUACCCUCCAAAACCUCCCACUCAACAUCUUAGCCCACUGGUGAAGCAAAAGAAGCGAAUACAAGCAGUACCAUGCCAUUCGAACUCAGUAUGUGCCAACUGUAAAACGACAGAAACGACACUAUGGAGGAGGGCAAAGACUGGCGAGAUAGAGUGCAAUGCUUGCAACUUGUACUUCCGUAAAAACAACACCAGAAGGCCAAUGUCACUGUGUAAGGAUACAAUAAUGAAAAGAAAUCGAAAGCCACGAAGUAAUUCGUCGUCCUCGAAGCAGCACUCGACCGUAUCUGGCUGA